AUGACAGGAAACAUGAAUGUUACACGAGGAUUUCACACAGCAUCCACAUUAGCAAAUGGAUCGAUAUUAGUUGCUGGGGGAGUCACCAACGGCGGUAGUACUGUCAAAAGUACUGAAUUGUAUAAUCCAUCAACAGGCACUUGGACAACCACAGGAAGCAUGAGUGUCAUACGAAAAUAUCACACAGCAUCCACAUUAGCAAAUGGAUUAGUAUUAGUUGCGGGUGGAUUCAGUGGUUCGAGUUAUUACAGUAGUGCUGAAUUAUAUGAUCCUUCGGCAGGCAGUUGGACAACCACAGGAAGCAUGCAUGUCGCACGGGAUUAUCACAAAGCAUCCACAUUAACAGAUGGAUUAGUAUUAGUUACUGGUGGAAGUAGCGGUGGUAGUUAUCCUGGUAGUACUGAAUUGUACAAUCCAUCAACAGGUAAUUGGACAUACACAGGAAGCAUGAGUGUCGCACGGCGAUCUCACACAGCAUCCAUAUUAGCGAAUGGGUUAGUAUUAGUUGCUGGUGGAUACAACAGCGGUGGUUAUGUCAAUAGUGCUGAAUUAUAUAAUCCAUCAACAGGUAAUUGGACAACCACAGGAAGCAUGAGUGUGGCACGACAAUAUCACACAGCAUCCAUAUUAGCAAAUGGAUCGGUAUUAGUGACUGGUGGACAAGGUAACAGUGGUUAUCUUACUAGUGCUGAAUUAUACAAUCCAUCAACAGGUAAUUGGACAACUACGAGAAGCAUGAGUACUGCCCGAGCUCGCCACACAGCAUCUACGUUAACAAAUGGAUUAGUAUUAGUUGCUGGUGGAUACGAUGGGUUUAAUUUUCUCAAUAGUGCUGAAUUGUACAAUCCAUCAACAGGCACUUGGACACCUAUAGCAAACAUGAGUACCGCACGAUCUGUUCACACAGCAUCCACAUUAGCAAAUGGAAUAGUACUAGUUAUUGGUGGACAGAGCAACAGCUCUAAUUAUCUCAAUAGUGCUGAGUUUUAUUAA